ACCGGCCCCGUGCGCGGCGGAGACUGCGAGUCCCGGGACGGCGUGGGGGUAGAAAGGGAGAACAGAACCGGGGAGUCGGGGCUGGUUCCCUCGGGGAUGCGGGCGCUGGGGUUCCCGCAGCUGCUGCAGUCGGCGGCGGCGAGCCGAAGCAGAGCGCGUGGUGGGCAGAGUGUUGGGCGCCGCGGCUCCCCGUGUGCGGUCUGGGCUGCUGCGGGCCGCGGGAUCGGGAGCCGGCGGCGUCCACUUCGCGUGGGGAGCCUCGCGCCCCCCUCACCCUCCUGUGGAGGAAAAAUAGAAAUGAAGGUACAUAUGCACACAAAAUUUUGCCUCAUUUGUUUGCUGACAUUUAUUUUUCAUCAUUGCAACCAUUGCCAUGAAGAACAUGACCAUGGCCCUGAAGCACUUCACAGACAGCAUCGUGGAAUGACAGAAUUGGAGCCAAGCAAAUUUUCAAAGCAAGCUGCUGAAAAUGAAAAAAAAUACUAUAUUGAAAAACUUUUUGAGCGUUAUGGUGAAAAUGGAAGAUUAUCCUUUUUUGGUUUGGAGAAACUUUUAACAAACUUGGGCCUUGGAGAGAGAAAAGUAGUUGAGAUUAAUCAUGAGGAUCUUGGCCACGAUCAUGUUUCUCAUUUAGAUAUUUUGGCAGUUCAAGAGGGAAAGCAUUUUCACUUACAUAACCACCAGCAUUCCCAUAAUCAUUUAAAUUCAGAAAAUCAAACUGUGACCAGUGUAUCCACAAAAAGAAACCAUAAAUGUGAUCCAGAGAAAGAGACAAUUGAAGUGUCUGUAAAAUCUGAUGAUAAACAUAUGCAUGACCAUAAUCACCGCCUACGUCAUCACCAUCGUUUGCAUCAUCAUCUUGAUCAUAACAACACUCACCAUUUUCAUAAUGAUUCCAUUACUCCCAGUGAGCGUGGGGAGCCUAGCAAUGAACCUUCAACAGAGACCAAUAAAACCCAGGAACAAUCUGAUGUUAAACUACUGAAAGGAAAGAGGAAGAAAAAAGGGAGGAAAAGUAAUGAAAAUUCUGAGGUUAUUACACCAGGUUUUCCCCCUAACCAUGAUCAGGGUGAACAGUAUGAGCAUAAUCGGGUCCACAAACCUGAUCGUGUACAUAACCCAGGUCAUUCUCAUGUACAUCUUCCAGAACGUAAUGGUCAUGAUCCUGGUCGUGGACACCAAGAUCUUGAUCCUGAUAAUGAAGGUGAACUUCGACAUACUAGAAAGAGAGAAGCACCACAUGUUAAAAAUAAUGCAAUAAUUUCUUUGAGAAAAGAUCUUAAUGAAGAUGACCAUCAUCAUGAAUGUUUGAACGUCACUCAGUUAUUAAAAUACUAUGGUCAUGGUGCCAACUCUCCCAUCUCAACUGAUUUAUUUACAUACCUUUGCCCUGCGUUGUUAUAUCAAAUCGACAGCAGACUUUGUAUUGAGCAUUUUGACAAACUUUUAGUUGAAGAUAUAAAUAAGGAUAAAAACCUGGUUCCUGAAGAUGAGGCAAAUAUAGGGGCAUCAGCCUGGAUUUGUGGUAUCAUUUCUAUCACUGUCAUUAGCCUGCUUUCCUUGCUAGGCGUGAUCUUGGUUCCUAUCAUUAACCAAGGAUGCUUCAAAUUCCUUCUUACAUUCCUUGUUGCAUUAGCUGUAGGAACAAUGAGUGGAGACGCCCUUCUUCAUCUACUGCCCCAUUCUCAGGGUGGACAUGAUCACAGUCACCAACAUGCACAUGGGCAUGGACAUUCUCAUGGACAUGAAUCUAACAAGUUUUUGGAAGAAUAUGAUGCUGUAUUGAAAGGACUUGUUGCUCUAGGAGGCAUUUACUUGCUAUUUAUCAUUGAACACUGCAUUAGAAUGUUUAAGCACUACAAACAACAAAGAGGAAAACAGAAAUGGUUUAUGAAACAGAACACAGAAGAAUCAACUAUUGGAAGAAAGCUUUCAGAUCACAAGUUAAACAAUACACCAGAUUCUGACUGGCUUCAACUCAAGCCUCUUGCCGGAACUGAUGACUCAGUUGUUUCUGAAGAUCGACUUAAUGAAACUGAACUGACAGAUUUAGAAGGCCAACAAGAAUCCCCUCCUAAAAAUUACCUUUGUAUAGAAGAGGAGAAAAUCAUAGACCAUUCUCACAGUGAUGGAUUACAUACCAUUCAUGAGCACGAUCUCCAUGCUGCUGCACAUAACCACCACAGUGAGAACAAAACUGUGCUGAGGAAGCAUAAUCACCAGUGGCACCAUAAGCAUUCUCAUCAUUCCCAUGGCCCCUGUCAUUCUGGAUCUGAUCUGAAAGAAACAGGAAUAGCUAAUAUAGCCUGGAUGGUGAUCAUGGGGGAUGGCAUCCACAACUUCAGUGAUGGGCUUGCAAUUGGUGCAGCUUUCAGUGCUGGAUUGACAGGAGGAAUCAGUACUUCUAUAGCCGUCUUCUGUCAUGAACUGCCACAUGAAUUAGGUGAUUUUGCAGUUCUUCUUAAAGCAGGCAUGACUGUAAAGCAAGCAAUUGUAUACAACCUCCUCUCUGCCAUGAUGGCUUACAUAGGCAUGCUCAUAGGCACAGCUGUGGGUCAGUAUGCCAAUAAUAUCACACUUUGGAUCUUUGCAGUCACUGCAGGCAUGUUCCUCUAUGUAGCCUUGGUGGAUAUGCUUCCAGAAAUGUUGCAUGGUGAUGGUGACAAUGAAGAACAUGGCUUUUGUCCUGUGGGGCAAUUCAUCCUUCAGAAUUUAGGAUUGCUUUUUGGAUUUGCCAUUAUGCUGGUGAUUGCCCUCUAUGAAGACAAAAUUGUGUUUGACAUCCAGUUUUGACCUUUCCCAGUAAUCACUGUUGAUUACGAGAAUGUUUGUUACCAUGCAGCUUUGCAUCUGUUCCUUGUACUGUAUGCACGUUGCUCAAAGGAAAGUCAGUGGCUUGCACUACUUACAAGUUUCAUAGAUUUGAGCCUAACCACAAAAGGCUGGUGCUUAGUACUGUUUUCCCUGCACGUAGGGGUCUUUUAAAAAUAUAUAGCUUGUGAUAAAGAGAGGAGAAUACGGGACUCCAUGAACCAGUGUUGAUAUGUUUGAUUAAGACUUCACAAAAUAAUCAUAUAAAACACUAGUCUCUUUAUUAGUAGAAACUUCUGUGGCUAUGCAGAAAUAGAGAUCGAACCAAAAAAAAAUCAUUUAAACUUUAAAAAUAUUUUAAAUGGACUUUGGGGAGACAUUUUUUUUGUGUGUUUUAAGAAUGAAUUGUAGUGCCCUUUAAUUCAGCUACAUACAUACAUGUGGUGAUUGAUAGGGAAAU